AGAUACACCUCUCGCAGCCUCACAGACAACAGCGACAUCGAGAACGCGUUCCUCGGCAGUAUGAGCGCGCUCACCAAGGAUCACGGGCUCGGCGGUGGCGACGUGCACCGUGCGUUCAAGUACGGCAUGCUCGUCGCGGAUCUCGAGUGGGCCCUGAUAUGGCAGCCGGAGCCGGACGCGCGUCUGGAGAGACGCGUGGUGCGCUCGAUGACGGCUGGUGGGCAGGUGGACAGUACUCCGUGGCCAUCCUGGGCGUGGGCUGGCUGGCAUGGCGCGGUCAGGUACGCCAACGACGACCAAUACGUUGAGAUCCACGACGCGAUGUACCGCGCUUAUCUCGGACCUUCCGUCGUCGAUGCGUGGUUCAUAGUCGAAGACGGCGGACUCGUUCGUCUUGAUGUCUACCGUUCACAAAGUGAAAUUGACGAGGAUGGUCAUUCUGGAGAAGGAGAAGGUCCUGAACAGGAACCUGCGUACACGGCUCCAACAUGGGGCUCCUCUUGGAAAUUGCCGCAGGGCGUCAAGCCAGGUACACUGGUCUUCCGAACAACUGUUACGUGUCUGCACGUCGAAAAUGUCCAGGACGGUGUCGACAUCGAAGGCGAACACCAUGCACUGUUCUCCAUAAUCCUCAGGGGGGAUGAUCAUUCCCGACUUAUUGUUGGUCGCGCCAUCCUUCCUCGCAGCCACCCGUCAGGUGUUGCACUCGAUUUUGCAGUGGUAUCUCGCAGAAAGGAACCCUGCUCACAGAGAUGGGUGUCGGACAUCGGCGCAGAGCAGAAAGCUGGGCGCUUGCUGGAUGUCGUAGCGAUGAAACCUGGAAAAGAUAUAGUCAGAGAGCGAGUUGGGAUGGGUGUUGUCCUAACAGGCGCAUGGCACAAGGCGAGAGCAGUAGACAGGGUCGUUCUCUUAGGUUAAUGAUCCUAUUCUUCGCCGAGUUUUCGGUAGCCAUGGAUCCAAGAUGGAUCCAUCACGUCCUUUUAUCAGCGCAAACAGCGCUCAUGGUUGGUUCAGG